AACACCACCACUCUUGUCAAGAGGGUGCAACAGCGUCUCUACUUUCUAAGGUGGCUGAAGAAAUUCAGCAUGUCACCCCGGUCCUCUCCAAAUACAACUACUGCACCAUCGAGAGCGUCCUGACCAGUUGCAUCACGGCCUGUGUAGAACCAGAACAACCAUGGCCAGUCGUAAGCGGAUUCUGAGCUCCCUGGGGAAAGGUCCUGCCAGACGGAACCUGUUUGGCCCAGUGGACCAUGAGCAGUUGCAGCAGGAGUACCAGAAUGCCUUGCGCAGAGACCUGGAGGACGCCUGCCACCGCUGGGGCUUUGAUUUCCUGUCAGAGAAGCCUCUGGCUGGGGGAGACUUCCAGUGGGAGGGGGUUCUAGGCACCAAGCUGCCUCUCCUCUACCAACCCUGCCUUUUGGGUCAGGGAGAGGCACAGAGGGAGGGAGGCCUGACGGCCAUCACAGGGGGGGUCAGGGCAGGGCCAUUGCACCGUGGCAAGGAGAAUAUCCCUUGCACACCUGAGAAGUGCGGAGCCAACCACCAGAACCUGGAGAAAACACCAGACAAGAAGGAGAACACGAACCUCAAUGAAAACAGACUGAAGACGAAACAGACCGAAGACUAAACAGACCAACCUCACAGAUUUCUACCAAGCCAAGAAGAGAGUGGUGGGUACGCAGUGUAAGUCAGGCCAGUGAUUUCAGGGCACACAGUCACAGCAGCCAGAGAGCCAACAGUCGGGACAGAACCACAGCAAACACUACUUCUCGCAGGAACCCACACACUGCACAGACACUGGACACAUAGAGUGCAUACUUACCUGGAGGAAUACAUAACCAAUACUCUAAACAAAUGCAGGGGGAAAUUAAACAACAUCUUUUAUUGCAUCCAUUACCAAUGCAUACUGUAAAAAAAAAAAUGUAUAUCCAUGUAUGGUUAACCGAUGUACUAAUUAUUUCAAUGUAAGGGGGCUUGUGUUCUUCCUGUGGUAAUGAAGGAACAUUCAAAUGGUUCAAAUGAUGCAUCCAUGUUCAUUUGUGAGUCAUGUAAGGACAUCCUCUAAAACCCUAUGACCUUUUGGUGUAAAGGGGACUUUUGCUAUAAGAGCUCACUGUCUGGACAGGUAAGUUCCUGUCUGACAUUCCACAGCACUAAAAUGGACCAAUCAAAGCCCUGCCUCUGGGUCUACCCUUAAACCCUCUUGUCUUGAUGACAUCUUGAAAUGAUGAAACCAUACUGUUUAUGGUAGAGGUUGAAUCUACUACAAUAUACUGUCUCAUUGAAAAAUGACCACAACAACAUAAUAGUAUUUUACAAAGUCUUUCUGGUUCAUAUGUCCAAAUGUAUUGAUUGAUGUGAUUUUAUUUAAUGUUUUUUCAUUAUGCUGUAUUUCUUGUGAAGAGCGCCAGAAUCAUGUUAUUGUCUGUCUUUUGCAAGCACUUCCUGCCUAAAGUAUGUAUGUUUGUACAUAUUGUGUACAUUUGUGAAAUCUCAACAUGUACUCAUAGGAAACUAGUGGAAGAGUACUGUAAUGAAUAAGACUGUUAUGCUUAUAAUGCAAAUUCCUAUAUAGGAAAUGUCACCAAUGUCCCUCACCUUCUAACUAGGGCACUUUGCUAUAAUACUCCUGGGAAUUUGUUGAUGGGUACCUCCCCAAUGCUCUUUCAUGAUUUUCUGAACACAAGGCCAGACAUGAAAGUUAACUUUAGAAUAGUAUCAGAAAUGUACGUUUUCUUUCAGUAUUGCUCAAUAUUUUUUAUGUAGCCCACAGCAGGUGCAUCAAGGGACUCAAAUUAGUCAAGUGCAUGUAUGGUAUUUUAAUCUAAACAGGGAAAUUGUGUCCUCAAAAACACACAGCUAUUUUAGAGUAAGCUACAGCCAAGUGGAAGUGCAGUAAAAUACACAUGAAGUGUUUUCAUCUGCCUCAAACUAAGGUCCAUCACGGACCACGGUUAUUUUUUGUUAUUAUGGCUGAUCCUUCUGCUAUUGGUAAUUUGAAUGGGGGUUAGACAACAUCUCUGUCAUGAAAAUUCUUCCAAACUAAACUAAUAGCUUCACAGACCCUGAUAUUCUGCUAAUAACAUGGAUUACACCAAAAAAUGCACUUGUGUUUAUAGAUGUUGGUGCACAAGUCCUACAUAGGGUUUAUGUUCAAAGCUACAACAAAAAUAUUAUUUAUUAUGAAAUAAGGUAGAUAUGUGUAAUUGGUUAUUAGGAAAAAAUUGAAAUAAAUACAGUAUGUAUAUAUUAUCCUGAAGUACAUUUAUUGUUUCACCUUUGGGUGUCAUGAAAAUCUUUUGACCUGAAGAUAAGUAACCAAUAUUUAUAAAAACAUUUCUCUCCACC